AUGUUCUCGACGAUUACCAACAUGCUGCCGAACCUGUCUUUGCAGGGGUCGGACAAGGACACGCCCACGCCCUCUGGCAACACUAUCAAUCCGUUUGACAAGAUCAUGGCGGUCAAGCGCAGGCUCGAGGGUGCUAGGACGCCUCAUAUGAUCGAACAUGAGCCAGAGCCAGAGCAGGAAGAGGACAAGGAGGAUAGGAAAGAGGCAGAGAGGAAGGAGAAGCGAAAGCAGAAGCCACUGAACGAGACAUUUGUCGUUGUUCGGCCACCCCCGAGUGUAUCGAACCAUCCUCUGAACUUACAACUUCAACUUAUUCCGCCCACUAUUCAGCAAACAAACUACCAGCCGCGCUCAGCCUCGACAUCCACCACUGCCUCUACAUCCUCUACAGGGGGAGAGCGCGGAUAUGCAGCAGCCGGAGGAGUGCCCAACGUGCCUCCCAUCAGCGCAGGUAUCCAAGGCAAGAAAGAAGCCCAGCGACAGCAGACUUCCGACACACAGCCAGACGACGACUUGCUCAAUAGGCGCGCAAAUAGAUCCGACCUCUCGUUAUUUUACUCAUCCAUGGGUUCAUCCGCCUCGGUUACCUCCUUUUCCACUGUUGCCUCGACCAAUACUUCGUCUGGCGGCACACGCAGGAUCAUUCCGCUCUAUAACUUAAGCGCCCACAAUGUUUUGCAAAAUACCGUACAGGACGCGGGCACAGACGCCACAGUCUCCAGAUUUCGUAAACGCGGGAUCGACAUUGUCGGCCUUGGCCUGCUCGAACCUAUCGAAGUCCACGGCUCUCUCCCUGUCGGUGGUACAGCUGGGUACACCAACGGAUGCCAGCCACCUGAUAUUGAGGGCGCUUCGGACGCCGGGCACGGUUCCAUUAUGGGCAAUAGCACCGGUGGAUCUAACCUUGGGCACGAUGAAUCGGACCACUCCCCACCUUCCCACUCGAGCCAUCUCAGGGAUUCGAGCGCGCAAAGUGGAGUAGGAGGGCACCUUCGGCCCCAAUCGUCCCGCUCCAACCUCCGAGACCGUCCUUCCCAAUCCCACCUGCGCGGCCGAACGUCACCCUCUCCCCCAUCCCAGCUGCGAGAAGUCUCGACCCCACCCGAAGAAUUGCCGAAAGAAUCGGCCGGGAAAAAGUUCUUUGGCAAGUUGUUCAAGAAAAAGGAUGUUUCGACUCCGACGACGCCUACGAGUCCUGGGUUCCUCAGUCCUACCAGCGCCACGCCGCGCGGAUCGAUGGCGACGAGUCGGAAUCCGGUACCGGGUACCGUGGCCCGUCCGACCAGCACGUAUUCCGCCCGCCCGACGAGCGUGUAUAGCGUUGUCCCGCCUUCCCCGUCGACCGUUGCCCCUGCGACUCCUACACAGGCUUCUCCGCAGCAGCCGACGAUGUACCUCCAACCACCAGUCCUGGGCACCCAAGCCACACUGCGAUCCGAGGUGUUCCCCCCCGUCGGGCGUCCUGCGGCAUACGUCUGGGUGCUUCGUAAAUGGACCAAGGGCGGAGGAAUGUUUUCGGGCAUCGUCGGGACGGGCGGGGUCGACCUUGCUCGUGUGGGCGUGGAAGUACGAUUCGAGUGGGUGAGAGGGAAAAAGAAGCGAGUCGACCGGGGAGAGUACGUUCCCAACGGCAACGGAAGACCCGUAAGCGUCGUGAGCCUCGGCGAAGCCGACAACCUCGGAAUCCCCGAAGCCGGAAGCAUGCGAAGCGUCAGCCCCGACGUCUCGCGCCCGCGUUCCCGCCGAGGUUCAAGGGCCACACGAAGCGGGUCUCCCACUAAACCGCGCGUCCAGCCGUCGAGUGGGUCCGACGACGGAGACGAGUCGGAUCCCGAAGACUCCGAAACACCCUGGUCGUGCACGUUGCGCGUUCUCCCGCUCGACCCAGGCUCGUCUCUACCUUCCCCCAUCUCGCCCUCGUCCGAGCCUCUCAAGCUGAGACUGGCCCACCUCGUACCGGCACCACACCACCCAAAAGUGAUCGGGCAGUUCAAGAUGCCGUUUCCCCUCCCAGACGUGCACGUCCAGAACCUGGAACUCGUACCCCGUAGCAUGAACGAUCCGUUUGGGAUGGGCGAAGGGAAAGGGGACGGGUCGGGGAUGAUUAUGACUGCGGAAGAGAUCAAAGAUGUGGUGUGUACGACCGGGCUUUGGCUGAUGGUGCGAGAAGGGUUUGGGGGGCUUUCGGGCAAGAAGCGAAAGGGGGAUGGGUGGAAGAUUCGUUCGUAG